AUGGCAACCGCAACGGCAUUGGGUCAUUUCGGACCCAACGGGGCGCAGAACGAGCAGAGCCGGUUGGAGCACACCACUGAAGAGUGCACUGCCGACGUCCACGUCGAAGCAAAAGACACGCCAAAGUUGGUGGAGUCGCGACACUCCACCGUGCAGGAUCUUGCACGCCAAUUUACUCACAACAGUUCCCCUGACUGCACCGGCAAGCCUAUCUUCGGAAGUGACGAUCCUGAUUCUCCCUUAAACCCGGCCGGUAACAAGUUCAACGCACGCGAGUGGGCCAGAAAUGUCGCCAGGGUUGCUGAGGAGAGAGGCCAGGAAUUCCGUCAAGUCGGCUUGUGUUUCCAGAACCUGAGCGUCUUUGGCUACACCAGCGCGACAGACUUUCAAAAGACCGUCGCGAAUAUUUGGCUGGCUUUGCCGAGAAUGAUUGCUCGUCGUCUCCUGCCCAGCAUCAGCACGUCAGGCCAAACACGAGUGAACAUCUUACAACAGUUCGAUGGCAUCCUCCGUCCAGGAGAGAUGUGCGUGGUGCUGGGUCCUCCUGGGUCCGGCUGCUCGACUUUUCUCAAAACCAUCUCGGGUGAUCGGAAUGGUAUCUUCGUCCAUCGGGAUUCGUACUUCAGCUAUCAAGGUAUCUCGGAUAGGGAGAUGCACACUGCCCAUCGAGGGGAUGCCAUCUACACCGCUGAGGUCGAUGUUCACUUUCCCAUGUUGACAGUCGGCGAGACCUUGACAUUUGCCUCGUACGCACGCUGUCAGAGGGAGCUGCCAGACGGCAUCACUCGCAAACAGUACUGCGAGCAUCUUCGUGACGUCGUUAUGGCCAUGUAUGGUAUCAGCCACACCAUCCAUACCAAAGUUGGAGACGAGUUUGUCCGCGGAGUUUCCGGAGGCGAACGAAAGCGUGUCACGAUCGCGGAGGCGACGCUGUCAAACGCUCCUUUCCAGUGCUGGGACAACUCGACGCGAGGCCUGGACGCGGCCAAUGCAGUUGAGUUCUGCAAGACCCUCCGGCUGCAGUCGGAAUUGUUUGGCCAAGCUUGCGCGGUCUCGAUGUAUCAAGCACCUCAGAGCGCCUACGAGCUAUUCGACAAGACCCUGGUCAUCUAUGAAGGGCGGCAGAUCUACUUCGGGCCUGCGUCCCGGGCCCAAGACUACUUUAUCAGACUGGGAUUUGAGUGUCCGGCUCGCCAAACCACUCCGGAUUUUCUUACAUCCAUGGCUUUUCCAGCGGAACGCAUGCCUCGCCCUAGCUGCAACCCGCCGCGAACAGCCGACGAAUUCGCAGCCGCCUGGAGACGGAGCCCGGAGUACGAGGCAUUACAGAGUGAAAUUGAGGAUUACAAGGCUCAGCAUCCGAUUGACGGCCCGGACGCCCUGGCUUAUCGACAGCUCAAGAAGGCCCACCAGGCAAAGGGUCAGCGGUUGAACUCGCCAUAUACCCUGACAUAUUCUCAACAGGUUCAACUCUGUAUGUGGCGAGGCUGGAGGCGAUUCUGGGCAGAUCCUGGCCCGUCGAUCUGGGUCAUGAUUGGGAAUGUCAUCAUGGCGCUCAUCAUGUCGUCCUUGUUCUACAAUAUGGAUCAGACGACGGCGUCUUUCUACGGACGGGCUGUCGUUCUCUUCAUGGCUAUUCUAUUCAAUGCCUUUGCCUCGAUCCUCGAGGUCAUGACCUUGUACGCGCAACGGCCCAUUGUGGAAAAGCAGGCCCGCUACGCCUUUUACCAUCCUUCGGCUGAAUCGUAUGCUUCUGUCCUGGUCGACCUGCCCAUGAAAAUUACGGGUACUGUUUCCUUCAACUUGGUGUUCUAUUUCAUGACAAACCUGAACCGGCAGCCUGGGAACUUCUUUUUCUACCUGUUGGUGGUCUUUCUCAUUGUUCUGGCUAUGUCUGGAGUGUUCAGAUUCAUCGGCGCGCUGUCUCGAACAGAACAACAAGCGAUGGUGCCCGCCUCUAUUCUGAUGCUAGCUCUGCUCGUCUUUACCGGCUUCGUGGUCCCAAUCCGUUACAUGCUAUCGUGGUGCCAGUGGAUUAACUACCUGAACCCUGUCGCAUAUGGCUACGAAGCACUGAUGGUCAACGAGUACCACGCCCGGAACUUCACCUGUUCAUCAUUCCUCCCCAGUUACGGAAUUCCCGGUACGACGACUGUGGCCUGUGACGCUGUUGGCGCCGUACCCGGUCAAUCCUACGUCAACGGCGAUGCGUACAUCAACUCAGCCUACAGCUACUACCACAGCCAUAAGUGGCGCAACGUUGGCAUCAUCAUUGCGAUGGUGAUCUUCAAUCAUAUCGUGUAUUUUCUAGCCAGCGAGUACGUCACAGCUAAGAAGUCCAAGGGUGAGAUCCUCGUCUUCCGCCGGGGAUUCGUCCCCAAACUUGCCAGCAAGGGCAGUCAGGACAUUGAAAGAUCACCCUCGGGCCCAGUCACAACUCUACUGGAGAAACCGGGCAAUGGCUACGAUUCCAGCAAGAAGGGAGGGUUCCAGGGCUCUACGAAUGUAUUCCACUGGAGCAAUGUGUGCUACGACAUCAAGAUCAAGGGCAAGCCUCGGCGCAUUCUGGAUAAUGUCGACGGCUGGGUAAAGCCUGGGACCUUGACAGCCCUCAUGGGCGUUUCGGGAGCUGGCAAGACCACGCUGUUGGAUUGCCUUGCUGAUCGCCGCGCAGGCGUGGGUGUUCUCACUGGCGAGAUGUUGGUUGAUGGAAAACCCCGUGAUAUGAGCUUCCAGCGCAAAACCGGUUACGCGCAGCAGCAAGAUCUGCAUCUUGAGACCUGUACCGUCCGUGAGGCUCUCAAUUUCUCCGCUCUCCUGCGCCAGCCAGAGAGCGUUCCAAAGGCAGAAAAGCUGGCCUAUGUUGACGAAGUUAUCCAGCUGCUCGACAUGCAGGAGUACGCCGAUGCUGUUGUUGGCGUGCCAGGUGAAGGCAUUAACGUUGAGCAACGCAAGCGCCUGACAAUCGGCAUCGAACUGGCUGCUAAACCACCGCUACUGCUCUUUAUUGACGAACCCACGUCUGGCCUCGACUCGCAGACUAGCUGGGCUAUCCUAGACCUGCUGACCAAACUAUCGAAAGCGGGUCAGUCGAUCCUUUGCACCAUUCACCAGCCCUCUGCCAUGCUGUUUCAACGGUUUGAUCGCCUGCUCUUACUCGCGGAGGGGGGCAAAACGGUUUAUUUUGGUGAAAUCGGGAGCAAUUCAACGACACUCAUCGAUUACUUUGAGCGCAAUGGUGCCAAACCCUGUCCACCCGGCGCCAACCCCGGCGAGUGGAUGCUUGAGGCCAUCGGUGCUGCACCUGGCAGCUAUCCAGAAGUCGACUGGCAUGAAACAUGGCGCUCAAGUCCUGAAUACGGCAACAUCCAAAACGAACUCGCCCAACUCCGGUCCAAGGCCUCAGCAGUCUUGUUCAGUGACGGCCACAAUGAUUCCACUGCGUGUGACGAAUUCGCAACUCCACUCCGGCGCCAGUUCCUGAUAGUAGCAAAGCGCGCCUUUCAACACACAUGGCGCACCCCCUCGUACAUCUACUCCAAACUCCUCCUCUGCACCGCCACCAGCCUGUUCAUCGGCUUGGUUUUCCUCAACUCCCCACUGAGCAUCCAAGGCCUACAGAACCAGAUGUUUGCCAUUUUCGAGCUGAUGAGCAUCGUGGGUCAGCUGGUCGACCAGCAAUUCCCUCACUUCAUCACGCAGCGCUCGCUCUACGAGGCUCGCGAGCGGCCCUCCAAAACAUACAGCUGGAAGGUGUUCAUGCUUGCCCAAAUUCUGGUCGAGAUCCCGUGGUACACUCUCGCCUCGGUCUUCAUGUGGGCGCUGUUUUACUUUCCCGUCGGCUUCUACCAGAACGCCACCGCCGCCGAGCAGGGCCCCGAGCGCGGCGCGCUGAUGUGGCUCCUCUUCUGGGCGUUCCUGGUCUGGGUGUCCACGUUCGCGCACCUCUGCAUCUCGUUCGCCGGCUCCGCCGACGACGGCGGCAACAUCGCCAACUUCUGUUUCGUCCUGGCCUUCUUCUUCUGCGGCGUCCUGGCCUCGCCGGACCAGAUGCCCCGCUUCUGGAUCUUCUUGUACCGCGCCUCGCCGCUCUCGUACUACGUCUCGGCAGUCCUCUCGACAGGUCUGGCCAAUGUCAAUGUGACCUGUGCCAGUAACGAGUUUACCGCGUUCAACCCGCCUGUCGGCCAAUCGUGCGGCGAGUACAUGGCAGCGCAUAUCGCGGCGGCGGGUGGCUACCUGCUUGACGAGAAUGCCAUGAGCAACUGCCAGUACUGCAAGGUCAAGGAGACGAAUGUGUAUUUGGCGGGGAUUCAUGCGGAGUAUGGGGCUAGGUGGCGCAACCUUGGUAUCAUGUGGGUGUAUGUUGCCUUUAAUGUUGUGGCGGCGUUGUUCUUGUAUUGGGUUGCCAGGGUACCGAAGGGUAAGAAGUUGGCAGGGAAGUAG